GGUCGCGGCGGCUGUGGCGGCGGCGGCGGCGGCAGCGGCGGCGGCGUCAGCGGCGGCCCGGGCGGUGGGAGCCGAGGCGCCGGAGCAAGAUGGCGGCGCGAGUGCUGCGCGCUGGCGGAGCGGCCUCAGCCAGCGGCUUCCUGCGGCGGGCCAGCCCCGGGAGCCUCCUGCCCGGGCUCCGGAAAUUGACGUCUUCCGAUAACAGACCUCGAGAGGACAGCUGGUUAAAAUCCUUGUUUGUCCGGAAAGUUGACCCAAGGAAAGAUGCUCACUCUAACCUCCUAGCCAAAAAGGAAACCAGCAGUCUGUACAAAUUACAGUUUCACAAUGUUAAACCGGAAUGCCUAGAAGCAUACAACAAAAUUUGUCAAGAGGUGUUGCCAAGGAUUCAUGAAGAUAAACAUUACCCUUGUACUUUGGUGGGGACUUGGAACACGUGGUAUGGCGAGCAGGAUCAAGCUGUUCACCUUUGGAGGUAUGAAGGAGGCUAUCCAGCCCUCACAGAAGUGAUGAAUAAACUCAAAGAAAAUCAGGAAUUUUCGGAAUUCCGUAAGGCAAGAAGCAACAUGCUUCUCUCGAGAAAGAAUCAGCUGCUGCUGGAGUUCAGUUUCUGGAAUGAACCCAUCCCACGGUCAGGACCGAACAUAUAUGAACUCAGAUCCUACCAGCUCCGACCAGGAACUAUGAUUGAAUGGGGCAAUUACUGGGCUCGUGCCAUUCGCUUCAGACAGGACGGUAAUGAAGCUGUUGGAGGGUUCUUCUCCCAGAUUGGGCAGCUCUAUAUGGUGCACCAUCUUUGGGCUUACAGGGAUCUUCAGACCAGGGAGGAUAUACGGAACGCAGCAUGGCAUAAACAUGGCUGGGAAGAACUAGUGUAUUAUACAGUCCCACUGAUUCAGGAAAUGGAAUCCAGAAUCAUGAUCCCACAGAAGACCUCGCCCCUCCAGUGAAGUGACGGAAUGGAGAUGUGCCUACAGAAGUUUAUGUGACAAGUGCUUGUCAUCAAUCAACUUGAACUGUGUUACAAGUGAGAGAGAAACACUGAAGUGUAAACUGCUGUAUAUAGCUUGUAAGAGACCUCUUUUCUUUAAAAUUUACAUAAUCACAAGACAGGAAACUAUUACAGUUUGGCUGAUUGUAACUGUGCUGUAGUCCUCUGAAACAUCCCCAAGUUUGUCGAAUGUACCGUAUAAUAUUAACACCAAGCCACCUCUCCCUACCCCCCAGGAAAAGAGAGCCCAACUGAAAAUUGGAGUCAUCUCCAAGUAAGAAUCUAACCAUGGGAAAAAAAAAAAAAAAGUUAGCUAUUUCUUUAUAAAGAGCAAAUCUGUUUUAUAAUUACAGAUUUUUAAGACAAAUUUCUUGUAUCAGGAAGAAAUAUAAAUUUCAUCAUGUUUCUGUAGCAUUUUUUUCUGAGUUUCAGACUAGGAACAAAUUAUAAGUGUACUCAAUACCUGGAAAUGUUUUGCUUCACUCUUAUUUUUAAUGUCAGCAUAGUAAACUGUGUCGUUACUGAGGGGGAAGUGGUUGAUCGGUAAUUCAGUCUCCACUUUGUGUAUUGUGUUGUCUUUAUACGCGAGGAAAAGAUGGCUUGAACCUGUGUAUCAUAUGUGACUUUGAAAUGAACACCUUGAAUAGCACUAAUUUUUAUUUGUAAUAUUUUUCUACAACAAAACGAGUAGCACUAGGAAAAGAGGUUUUAUUUUGUAAAAGGUCAUCUGUGACCUGCAUUUUAGUAAGCUCACAGCAGAUUCUUCCAAGAUCAUGAAUGGGGGGAGGGGGGUGUGCAUGUUGAGAUUUAAACUGACAUAAAACUGCAUACUUUGUCUAGCUCUGAUUUCAUUUUUUAAUAGUGCCAAUUUUGUGACUGUAAUCAUGUGAAAGUCCUGUUGAAAUGAAAAAUUAUAUCUGACCCCCAGAUCAAAGAAUUUAUGUUAAAGUGUGAAUAAAUCUCAUAUCAAAUGUCAAGCUUUUACAUGUGAAUGGUUUUCUCCAAGAACAUAUAAAAGUUAAUAAAAAUCCUCUUAAUUUUCACAUA